CAUUUCUAAUAUUCUCUUUGUGUGUUUGCACCCUCUCUCUCUCUCUCUGUCUCUCUCUCUCUCAAUAUGUUUUCCUGGGAAUAUGUUUAUUAUUUUCUCCAAAGAACAAGCUCUUGGAUUUGUUCCAAGUUCAUCUGCUCUCCAGGUGUCAGAACCACUGUGUGCAAAAGGAACGUGCACCCUGCUCUCCACCCAGCCGCCAGAGCCAACCACAUCCUCCUCCCAUGGAGAGUUCAGAUGCCGAGCUGGACCUGCUGAGGAGUGUGCAGGCCGUGCUCCGGGAGCUCAGCACCCAGGCCCCAGCCUUGCAGAGCAACCGAGGGAUGUGGAGAUGGUCCCUGCACAAGAAGGUCGAGCGGGAUCCUGGCAAGAGUCCAGCUCUGGUGGGCAUUCUGCUUAGAGAACUAGAGAAGGCGGAAAGCGAGGACCUCCGGCACGUCAUCAUUCCCCUGCUGCACACUCUAAUGUACGUGCUCACGAAGGCCACAGGCAUCUCUGAGGAGCUCUACCAGAGGACCUACACCUUUUGCAUGAGGUUACUGACCCUGCCCACCCCGUACUGCACAGUGGCCUUGGAAUGUGCCAUACGGCUGAAAACGGAGACGGCUGUCCCAGGGACCUUGUACCAAAGGAUGGUCAUUGCUGAACAGAACUUGACGAAUGACCUGUACCCCUACAGGGAGAGAGUGUUCCUCUUCGUGGACCCGGAGCUGGUGUCCCCCUCCGUGUGCAGUGCCCUGCUGCUGGAGAUCCAGGCAGCCCAGGAGAAGCAGACGCCGGAGGCCUGCAUGCGCCACGUGGUCUCCCACGCCCUGCAGGCCGCUCUGGGGGACACCUGCGAAGUGGGAGCUCUGCACCAGAAGCUGCAGGCCAGCCCCCGCAGCGCCCUGGAGCGGUAUUUCCACGCCGUGGUGGCAGCGGUGGAGCAGAUGGCCGGCGAGCACAGCCCCAGCCCGGCGGGCUACCUGGAGAGGCUGGAGGAGAUUCGCUGCGCGCUGCUGGGGCCGGCGGCGGCCGCGAGGGGGCGCUGCGGCGGCCGCUCUAAAGGAUCAGGGGAAAGUGGUGCAGGCAGAGGAGGAUCCAACAAUCUUCUGCUGCAUGGUCUCCACAGCCUGCUCCUUUCUUCAGGUGACCCCCUCAGAGACCGCCCUCCAAGCAUCCCCCUGCCCAGCCCCCACAUCACCUUCCACCUGUGGACAGAUGAGGAGCAGCUCUGGAAGGAACUGGUUCUCUUCCUCCGCCCGCGAUCCCAGCUGCGCCUCAGCGCUGAUUUGGAAGCCUUGGAUCUGCAGGGCCUCCCGCCGUGCGGGGAGCUGGCUCGGGUGUCGGUGCUGUCCACUGACAGCGGCAUCGAGCGGGACCUUCCCUCGGGCGCCGACGAGCCGCCUGCCCCCAGCAGCCCCGAGAUGGAGCGCGCCGGGCUGCAGCGCAAAGGGGGCAUCAAGAAGCGGGCGUGGCCCCCCAACAUCCUGAUGCCCGGCAGCUGGGGCGGGCCCCCGGGGCUGCACCGGAGGACAGGAGGGCCCGGUGGGGAUGGGGAACUGCUGCCGGGGGUCUCCCGGCUACACACGGCCCGGGUGCUGGUGCUGGGGGACGACAGGAUGCUGGGGCGCCUGGCCCAGGCCUACCACAGCCUCAGGAAACGAGAGACCCAGAAGUUCUGUCUCACUCCCCGGCUUAGCCUGCAGCUGUACUACAUCCGGGUGCUGGCGCCCGAGGCGCCCUCAGCACCCAGGGAGCCCGAGCUGGGAGAGCUGGCCGCGUUUCUGGGCCGCGCAGACCCGUGGUACGAGAACACCGUCAACACCCUCUGCCCCGCCAUCCACAAGCUGGCCGCCAUGCCUCUCUCCCUGGACACAUCCCAGACAGUGGACCCCUUCAUUCUGGAUGUCAUCACUUACUAUGUUCGCAUGGGCAUCCAACCCAUCUAUUUCCAGAUCUACACAGUCAAGAUCUUCAGUGACCUGAGCCAAGACCCCGCAGAGGAUGUUUUCCUCACCGAGCUGAAGGUGAAGAUCCAAGAUUCCAAACUCCCCAAAGAUGGGUUUUCACCCAAGAAGAGAGGCGUGGCUGAGGGCCCCGGGGCUGAGCUUUCCAUCUGCUACCAGAAGGCCCUGCUCAGCCACCGAGCGCGUGAGGUCACCGUUUCCCUGCGGGCUGCUGGGCUGGUCCUGAAGGCCAUUCCGGCCAGUGACGCUGAAGUUUCAGGGCCCACCCACCUCCCUCCCACCGCUGCUCCCGUUAGAGACCACGCAUGCCUGAAUGUCAGCGUGACAGAGGUUGUCAAAUCCUCCAACCUGGCAGGAAGGUCCUUCUCGACAGUGACAAACACCUUCCGGACAGUCGACCUCCGGAUCCAGAGCCAGGACCAGAGGCUGCUGACACUGCUGCUGGACAAGGACAGCCGGCGCACUUUCCGGAACGUGGUCAGAUUCGAGGUUGCUCCCUGCCCAGAGCCGUGUUCUGGGGCUCACAAGUCCAAGGCACCGUGGCUUAGUUCACACCGGCAGAAGGAGACGGAGGUGACCAAAGCCAAGUCCAAACCCCUCCUGAUGCCCAUCAACACGUUCUCUGGCAUCGUCCAGUAAGCCCGCGGGGGCAGCGGGGGAGCUGAGGAGCUGAGCCCCAGUGCUGCGGGCCCAAAAGGAAGAAAACACUACGGUGCCCACCCCUCCCACCAGCAGCCAGCACAGGCCCCGGCCCCCCGGGGCAGCUUCCGGCCCUGACCGAGAGGCAGCCAGUGCCUGGGGGCGCAAGGAGCCUGGCCACAGGGCUUUGGGGGAGAAGGGUCCAUGAGUGCACAUGCACAGCCAGAUUCCCCCACAGAUGUCCACUCCUUCAUGUGUUUUAAAUUCCCCCUUCUCCCACUCAAGCUUCCCUCCCGUCUCUUAAAACCAAGGUUAGAGCUGCUGUUUUCACCAGGGCCUGGUCACCUAGGGGAUAAUGCAUGGGUCUGGGCCCUUCCCUCUCUUGGGGCCACUGCCCCCCACACCCACUCUGUGGCAGGGGUCCCUUCCAGUUGAGAGGAAAAUGUCAGAUUAAUUAAAUGCACACUAAAGUGUUACUGCAUCCAUCUAAGAUCCAGUGAUAUUUGUAUUUUAGUAGAAAUCGGGGGGCAGUACUUAAUAGAAUCUGGUGCAUCGACUCAGGCCAGGUAAGAGACGGUUUUGUGCAGUAUUCACGGCUCUGUUCUGUCUGUCUGUCCCUCCUCCCCUCCUUCACCUUCAACUAGAGACUCUCCUGACUGGCUUUGUCCCCAAAGGGAGGUGGGAAUGCAGGGGAAUUUCAGAAAUGCCAGGCAUCAUGUCCUUGGCUUGUGAGUUCAAAACCUUACAUGCAAAUGUAAAACAGGGAAGAAAAUGGUCCAGAUCCAGUUCCCAGAACCAAAAGACCAGGUUAGGGGUGGGGGAACACAUCACAUGGUACCUCUUCCAGUGGCACAGUUCAAGGCCCUGGAAAAAUCACCCUGGGGACAAAAUCACCUGCCUCGCUGGAGCUUGGAUUCUGACGGAGACGAGCAGUAAACAAGAUCAAAUAUGUGAAACAGAAACCAGUAGUGUGUUUGAUGGUGAGCAGUGCUAUGGAGAAAAAUAAAGCCAGGAAGGGGAGUGCGCGUGUGAAGGUGGGUGGCUUGCGAUUCCAGUUGGGGUGGCCGGAGACGGCCACUGAGGGUCACAGGGUGGCCACUGAUCGAGGGACAUAAAGACCUGAAGCCGAUGAGGGCGGGAGGACCGUGGGCAGCCUUAACCCCACGCGCCCUCGAUCCCCCCGCACGCCCCCACCUCUCCCCCAGUUUUCUUUGCCUGAAGCAGGUCAGGGGCUGAGCCGAGGUUGCGGGGGCGACGCGGGCCAGCCAGCCGCCCAGCUGGGGGCGCCCCGCGCGCCGAUGCGCGUGCCCGGGCAGGUGGGGCGGCCGC